AUGAGUUAUAUGAGUUAUGAUAGUAAUCUCGUAAUAGGUUCUGCAUGUAUUGCAGUUAUCAUCUGUUACGUAGCUAUUUCAUUAGAACAACUCAUAUUUACCCAACAUACUCCUCGUCUACAGAAAAUUAUCUUGUGUUUAAGUGGCAUGGUUUUUGGCUUCGCCAUUUGGGCAAUGCACUUUGUCGGAAUGUUGGCUUGUGAUCUACCACAAGGUUAUUCCUUUGAUCUAACAUUAACCGUGAUUUCCUAUAUUAUUGCCGCAUUGGCUUCGACUUUUGCGAUAUGGUUGACCACUCAAGAGACCUUGCCGAUUGUACGGUUGAUUUUAGGUGGAUUGUUGAUGGGGCUGGGAAUUUCAGGGAUGCAUUAUAUUGGCAUGCUGGGGUUAACUAUCCCAAAUCAACAAGUUGAUUAUGAUGCUAUUUUGGUGAUGCUCUCUGUCAUCAUUGCGAUUAGUGGUUCUGGCUUGUCUUUCUGGCUCGCAUUUAAAUAUAAGAAUUCUUUUAACCAUAAGAUGCUUUAUAAAAUUGCUGUAUCGAUAAUGAUCGCUCUCAGUAUUGUGGGAAUGCAUUAUAUCGGUAUGGCAGCAGCAACGAUCUCAUCGGUGCAUGACCAUCAUUUUGGAAGUCAAUUACACGAAGGGCAAGCGAGUUUAAUACUUGUUUCUGCUUUUUGUGUGGCGAUUUUAGAACGAAGAUUAGAAGAACGUAGUUUACAGUUAUUACAAGCCAAUAAAGAGCUUGAAGACUUAGCACUUCAAGACAAUUUGACUAAACUUCCAAACCGAUUAUUCCUUGUUGAAUAUACUGAUGCUUUAUUUUUAGAUUAUAAGGAUAUACCGUCUAAAAUUGCUUUUAUUUAUAUUGAUCUAGACCGCUUUAAAUCAGUUAAUGAUGCAUUUGGUCAUCAUAUCGGUGAUGAGCUUCUGGUUAAACUCGCCCAGCGUUUAUAUCCUUUACUUAAGGAUGGGCAAAGACUCACCCGUAUUGGUGGAGAUGAGUUUAUUCUGAUUCUUGAAGACUCUAAUCGUAAUGAAGCUGAAGCGAUUGCCGAAUUAUUCUUACAAAAAAUACAAGAUGGUUUUCAAAUCUCAGGUAAAGAAAUCAAUAUUUCUGCCAGUAUUGGCAUCGUAUUUUUCCCUGACCAUGGGCAGAACUUACAAGACUUAUUGAUCAAUGCUGACUCCGCCAUGAUGCAAUCUAAAGAGCAGGGGCGUAACACUUUUAGUGUUUAUAGCAGUUCAUUAGACCAACAACAUCAAAGCCGAAGUCAAUCUAAACUCAUUAACGAUUUAUAUAAAGCAGUAGAAGAACAACAAUUUAUUCUAUUUUAUCAACCUAAAUUCACAGCCGACUACCAAAUUUGUGGGGUAGAGGCUUUAAUCCGUUGGAAGCAUCCAACCCUAGGUUUAUUAGCCCCGAGUAUGUUUAUUGAUGGUGCUGAGCAAACGGGGCUGAUUAUUCGUAUGGGCUAUUGGGCCUUAGAGAAAGCAUGUAAGCAAAUUCAAGAAUGGGAAGAUAAAAAAUAUGCUUUUGGUCCCAUCGCUGUAAAUCUUUCAGCUGUACAAUUUGAACAUAAACAUUUGAUCGAAACUUUAGAAAAAUUGAUUCAAAAAUACCAUGUCAAAAAUGCGAUGCAUCAUAUAGAUGACAGUAUUCAAACCUUUGAGAAAUUAAGAAAUUUAGGUAUCCGACUGGCAAUUGAUGAUUUUGGAACGGGGCAUUCGAGUUUCUUGUAUUUAAAAGAUUUACCAGUAGAUGAAUUAAAAAUAGAUCGAGAAUUUAUCCGUAAUUUGUGUGAAGGUUCAAAAGAACAAAUCAUUUUAGAAAGUAUUAUUCAUUUGGCGAUUCGUUUGGGUCUGGUGGUGACGGCAGAAGGCGUUGAAACUGAACAGCAGGCGCAGAUUCUUAAACGUUUAGGUUGCCAGCAAUUACAAGGUUAUUUGUUAGGAAUGCCGCUACCUGUAGACCGUUUGGAAACCAAUUAUAAUGAAUUAGCUGCGCAAGUCGCUCAGCGACGUACCUUCGCUAUUAUUUCCCACCCCGAUGCUGGUAAAACGACAAUGACAGAAAAACUGUUGUUGUGGGGUAAAGCAAUCCAAGUUGCAGGUAUGGUUAAAAGUCGAAAGUCAGACCGUUCUGCGACAUCUGACUGGAUGGAAAUGGAAAAAGAGCGUGGUAUUUCGAUUACCACCUCAGUCAUGCAGUUCCCUUAUAAAAAUCAUGUCAUCAAUUUACUUGAUACACCGGGACAUGAAGACUUUUCUGAAGAUACCUAUCGUACUUUAACUGCCGUUGACUCAGCAUUGAUGGUGAUUGAUGGUGCAAAAGGGGUCGAGGAACGGACCAUCAAAUUGAUGGAAGUGUGUCGUAUGCGCGAUACCCCGAUCAUUUCUUUUGUCAACAAAAUGGACCGUGAAAUCCGUGAGCCAUUAGAAUUGCUUGAUGAAAUUGAAAACGUGCUUAAAAUCCGUUGUGUGCCGAUUACUUGGCCAUUGGGUAUGGGGCGUGACUUCGCUGGUGUAUAUAACAUCAUUGAAAAUAAGCUUUAUGUAUAUAAAGCGGGUUUUGGUUCGACCAUUACAGAUAUUGAAAUUCGUGAUGGCUAUGACUAUCCAGACAUUCGUGAAAAAGUCGGUGAUCUGGCCUUUGCUUCAUUUGAAGAGUCUUUAGAGUUGGUGCAAAUGGCGAAUGAUCCACUUGAUCCAGCGGAGUUUUUAGCAGGUCGUCAAACACCAGUAUUGUUUGGUACAGCGUUGGGUAACUUUGCGGUUGACCAUGUAUUAAAUGCAUUUAUUCAGUGGGCACCACAACCGAAAGCACAUCCAACACAUGAACGUACUGUUGAAGCAACGGAAGAAGGCUUCAGUGGAUUUGUAUUUAAAAUCCAAGCCAAUAUGGACCCAAAACACCGUGACCGUAUUGCCUUCAUGCGUAUCUGUUCAGGUAAGUAUGAGAAAGGUUUAAAGAUGAAUCAUGUGCGCAUUGGUAAAGAUGUGCGUAUCAGUGAUGCAUUAACAUUCCUUGCGGGUGAACGUGAGCAACUUGAAGAAGCUUGGCCUGGUGAUAUCAUUGGUUUACAUAACCACGGUACGAUUCAGAUUGGUGAUACAUUCACUUCUGGUGAAAAACUCCAUUUUACGGGGAUUCCACACUUUGCACCUGAAAUGUUCCGCCGUGUACGUUUAAAAGAUCCAUUGAAAUCUAAACAAUUGCAAAAGGGUUUAAAAGAGCUUUCAGAAGAAGGUGCAACGCAGGUGUUUAUGCCACAAAUCAACAAUGACUUGAUUGUUGGGGCUGUAGGUGUACUUCAGUUUGAUGUGGUGGCGUAUCGUUUGAAAGAAGAAUACAAAGUAGAUUGUAUUUAUGAGCCAGUGAACAUCAACACAGUGCGUUGGGUUUCUUGUGAUGAUGAAAAGAAAUUUAAUGAAUUUAAGAAAAAGGCACAUGACCAACUUUCUGUCGAUGGUGGUGGGCAUUUAACUUAUCUCGCACCAAGCCGAGUGAAUCUACAAUUAAUGCAAGAGCGUUAUCCAGAUAUUCAAUUCCGUUCUACACGUGAGCAUUAA